AUGGGCUUCAAGGGUGGGCAGAUCUCCCAGAAGGUCUGCUUCAUUCCGUCGUUCCUCUGUUGGGUUCCAUCAUUGAGCUCCUUGCCUUCGCCGGAACCUGCCGCUUUCGCCUCAUACCCAUCUAAAUCCACAUUCUGCACCCUGCUCCCGCCUCUCCUCGUCCAGCCCCAUAUCAGUGUAUGUGCUCCUAAUCUACCUUCUAGAAGUGACGAUGGUCACAAGCUCGGCACGUGCCAGGUCCUUGAUCCAGCCAACAUGAAAAGUACCCUUGGUUGCCAGGUUCCUGAAGAGACAUUUGAGAAGUUGUGCUUUGCUGGCUCUUCCUAUGGCCAGCUGAUUUGUGGCUGUGGCAGAAAUUGUCUUAUCAUGGAUGUGUUCACUGGUGCCAAAGUUUUAUCUCCACAGCUCCCAUUUACCGACAACACUUAUUUCUACUCUGGCAUGCUGUCAGCUCCCCUUGCAUCACCUAACUCACACCUCCUAGUUUGCACAGUGUCCAAACAGGACGCUUUGGUGGAGGUGAAGAAGCUAGAGAAUUACUCGCUGUUUAUUGGGAGUGAUGUGAGGAGCUCGACGUUUUCUUGCGCCAGCUUAGGACGAUGGAGCGGGAGGAGCAAUUGCUUGUACUAUGGGUAUUACGAUCCACCCUUGGUGUUGCAUGGAAUUGGUGAUGAUGCAGAUGCUGUGUGUGAUCCAGAUUAUGGCCCUGAUGACCUUGUGUUCAAGAGCCUUGUGUUCAAGAGGAACUGGAACACCCGACUGCAGCCCUUCUGGCUGUACCCAAGCAUGCUCUAUCGCUGA